AUGUCUCAACAACCAAGCUCAUCAUCUCCCAAGAAUAUGUCCUCUAACGUUGAUCUUUCAUCCGACUCUAGGGCACAAACUGUGAACCCUAACGAAGUUCUGGACACUGUCCCUCUGAGGAUGGUGACUGCGGAUGAUCUGAAGGUGCAAAAGCCAAUAACUCCUCUUACAAGAAGACCUAAGGAAAGAUUUACUAGUAAUGUUUAUAAGUCCUCGUCUCCCACUCCUUCUGGUGAUAAGACUAGGGAAGGAUCUAAAUAUGUUCAUAAUGCUAUCAAGGAACUUUUGACUAGAAUUUUGAGUGAAAACCAUGAUGUUCCUGGAGUGUCUGUUCCAUUGAAUCAAGAAAUUAAUGAACCUAAUAUGGAAGCUGAACUAGAUGUUGUUCACGAUGUUGAAACAAUGGAGGAUACUGAGUUGGAUCCUUCUAAAGAAAAGAAAGUUGGUGUUGAUGUGAAUGUUGUUGUUGAAGACGAUACUGAAGUUGGUACUGAAGCUGAUACUGGUACUGGUACUGGUACUGAAGUUGUAGACCUUGAUGAGUAUUUUGAUAAUGGCCUUAUAGCUAGUAUAGACCCUAGCAUAGCCAAAAGGUUCAUGACUACAAAAGGCAAGAAGGUAGUUGGUCAAAGUCCCUCCAAAAAGAAAGCUGGUAUUGAUUCCUCCAAAAAGGAUACUGUUGGUCCUCCAAGAACUUGGAGCAAAGUGAUUCCCAAGAAGAGAAAGGUCAAUGUUAUCUCUAGCUCUGAUACUGAUGUUGAAUGUGAUGUCUCAGACAUCCCUCUUAAAAAGAAGCCUACUUCUAGCAAACUUGCAACUAGAGUUCCUGAUGUACCCAUUGAUAACAUCUCCUUUCAUUAUGCUGCAAGUGUUAACAAGUGGAAGUAUGUCUACUGUUGUACCCCGAUUUUUUACCACUGA